AUGGAUUCCAUUCAGUCAAUUCUACCUUAUUUGAUACCAACUGCUAUUGCUGCUGGCACUGCUUAUUACUUUAUGAAUAAGAACAAUGAAACGCUCGACGUCAAAGUAUUCAAGAAGUUCAAGUUAGCAGAAAAAAUUGUUAUUAAUCAUAAUACAGCCAUCUAUCGCUUUGCUUUACCUCGAAAGGAUGCUCGUCUUGGUCUUCCUAUCGGUCAGCACAUUUCAGUUAUGGCUGAAAUCAACGGUAAACAAAUUUCUCGAAGCUACACACCUACAAGUUCAGAUGAUGAUCUUGGUCACUUUGAUUUACUCGUAAAGUCUUAUCCUACCGGUAACAUAUCCAAGUUGUUCAGUGAACUCAAGAUCGGUGAUGAAAUGUCUUUCAGAGGCCCCAAGGGUAAUUUUGUGUAUACACCCAAUAUGUGUAGAGAAAUUGGUAUGAUUGCAGGUGGUACCGGUAUUACACCUAUGCUUCAAAUUAUUCAUGCUAUUAUAAAGAAUCCCAAUGAUAAAACCAAGGUGAAUCUUAUUUUCGGUAAUGUUACGGAAGAAGAUAUUUUACUUCGCGACGAAUUGGAUGAAAUUGCUAAGAAGCACGAUAAUAUCAACGUAUAUCAUGUUUUGAAUAAUCCUCCUCCUGGUUGGACCCAGGGUGCGGGUUUUGUCACCGCUGACAUGAUCCGUGAGCAUUGUCCUGCUCCUGCAAGUGACAUUAAGAUUUUGCUUUGUGGGCCUUUGCCUAUGCUCAAGGCUAUGACAGAACAUCUUGUCGAUUUAGGCUAUGACAAGCCUCGUGCUUUGAGUCAGCUCGGCGAUCAAGUCUUCAAAUUCUAG